AUGGGCAACUCAUCCAGGAAGGGUGAGGAGGAGGAGGAAGAGCUAGAGGAGGAUGAGGAGAAAGGGAAAAUUGCCGAAAACAAGAAGAGAACGGAGGAAGAGGAGGUCGAGGAGGAGUUGCCCCAGGGAGUAGAAGAGUUGCUGGCGAGUGGAGAUCCCGUAUUGGAUUUGAGCUACCGUAAAUUCCGGCGCUUACCCUCUCGUGUCUGCGGGCUGAUGCACCUGGAGAAGCUCUACGUCUGCGGCAACAGUCUGCGUACUUUGCCGGAUAGCAUUUCCCAGCUGCAAGGCCUGCGGAUACUCGCUCUGGAUUUUAACAAGAUGGAGGAUGUUCCUCCGGCGGUAUGCCAGCUCAGUAACCUUACUCGUCUCUACCUGGGCAGCAACCGGCUGGUGAGUCUCCCACCUGAGUUGCGAAAUCUGCAGAGUUUACGCUGCCUGUGGGUGGAGAGCAACUACUUCCAGCGCUUCCCCCGGGAGCUGUACGACCUGCCCCAUCUCCGCUCCCUUCAAAUCGGGGACAAUCGUCUCAAAACGCUCCCUCCUGAUCUGGUGCGUAUGGAGGCCUUGAGGGGAUUGUGGCUGUAUGGGAAUCGCUUUGAGGUCUUCCCCCGAGUUCUGCUGAGCAUGGAGAACCUGGAGAUACUCGACUUGGACCGCAACAAGAUCACCGAGUUCCCCAGUCUGAAGCGGCUCCCUGCCCUGCGACUGUUCUCUUAUGACCACAACCCUGUUGAUGGCCCUCCCAAGGUGGGCGAGGAGGUGCUCUUGGUGGGGGAAGGGGCAGCGGAGUUCAUGCAGGCUCGAGACGACAGGAAGGAGAGACACCGAAAGGCUGCAGAGAAAGAGGCCGAAGAGUCAGCCCUGGCUGGGGAGGAGCCGGUCAUUCACGGCAUUUUAAAGAACAGCAACUCCAGCCCUGGCCGAAUGACACACGAGGCCAUGAUUUCUGUCGGACACAUGGCCGCUGCGGAUGAUGGACUCCAAGUGAAAGACGAGGAGGGGGAUCUCGAGAGAGCCAUCGCAGAGUAUGAUGGCGCUGAACUGGCGUAUGAUGAGGAGGGAAUCGAGUACGAGAGGGAGGAACUCAUAUGUGAGGGAGAAGGUUUGGAGUAUGAGGGAGAGGAACUGGAGUACGACAGGGCACAGAUGGACUAUGAGUAUGAGGAAGGGGAGAAACUGGAGGACGCAGUCCAACGAGAUGUUGAGCAGUGAUACCCCGCCUCCGACACCCCCUUUUAGCUCCCCCGUACAGACAAGGUUGAUGUGAAUAUCCGGGGCAA